GCCAAAAGAGUAACCACCCAUCUCUCAAAACCAUUACAUCUUUCCUUCUCGAAACCAGGAGCCUUUAUUUCUUCUGCAGAUUUCAAUAUAUAAAAUGAGAGACAUUGUUUCAUGUUUCAGUGAAAACGCAGUAAAUGUUUCACAUUCUUCAUGUUCUAGCUAUUCAAGCAACGCUUGCCUCUCUCCGGGCCUAGUGCCAUCGGUCCAGAACGCGGUCAUCGGAGUUUAUAAAGUCGUUCUUUCGACUGGCAAGCAGUGUUUUAUCAAGGUCACUUGGUGCAAGAAUCAGACCGGUGGUCAGGGGAUGACCAUAAACUUCGGCGAUGACCCUUCAACGUGUUUCAAGCUCAACACCAAUUUGAGGUUCUUCAGGAAGAAGAAAGGCAACAAAGUGAUCGAAUCCGAUCAUUUGAAGAUCGAAGUCUUUUGGGAUCUUUCCACCGCUAAGUACAAUACCGGACCGGAACCAGUCGACGGGUUCUACGUUUUAGUCAUGGUUGAUUCGGAGAUAGGCCUUGUUUUAGGCGACACCGCGGAAGAAGCAGUUAACAAGAAGCUCAAAAAUACAACCCCGGUUGCUAAAGCUGCCCUCAUUUCCAGGCAAGAACAUUGUUCGGGCAGUACUCUUUAUUCCACCAAGGCUCAAUUCUGUGAAACGGGAAUUGUACAUGACAUUCUAAUCAGAUGCAGCGGAGAACAUGAAGGCCUGAAGCACCCGGUUUUAUCGGUCAGUAUUGAUACCAAAACGGUGAUAAAAGUGAAGCGGCUGCAAUGGAAUUUUAGAGGAAACCAGACAAUAUUUAUUGAUGGUUUGUUGGUUGAUCUGAUGUGGGAUGCGUACGAUUGGUUCUUCAAACCUGUUACUGGUUCGGCUACGUUCUUGUUUAGAACAAGAAGUGGUUUGGAUAGCAGGCUUUGGUUAGAAGAGAAGAUGGUGAAGAAAGACCAAAACAGACUCGAUUUCUCCUUGUUGAUUUGUGCCUGUAAGAACACAUAAUCAAAUUCAUCAACUUGUUCAUGUUGGGUUUAUUUUGUUUUAGUGUUUUUCCCCAGUUUUUUGGUCCAAAUUUACUUCAAUUCUUUGAACAUGUGAAAGAAGAACAUAACUUACUCUGCAGAAAAUUUUAGUUUCUGAGAGAGUUGCAG